AUGUAAAAUAAUCAAAAAAUGGAUUUAAAUUAAAAUAAAUGGUUUUCAUUUAUGAUUAUGAAUAUGAAAUAGCUUCUACACCUAAUAAAUACAAAAUAAAAUAAAAAUAUAUAAAUAUAAAAAAAAUAAAUUUUAAGUUGUAUUCUGAGUGCAUUUAUAUGUAUGAGUAUUUCUAUUCUAUUCUAUCGCCAAUUUAAUUUUUAGUUUUUAAACAUUGAAUAAAAAUUAUAGAUUAGUUAGUUAUUUUGGAAGGUAAAAAAAUAUAAAUAAAGAGAAAUGAAUUAAUAAUAAAAGCAAAAUUUGAAAAUAAAAAAUGAGCUAAAUUAUCAAAGAAAAAAAAAACGCAAGAAGAAUUAUAAAAUAAAUAAAUUAAAAGAGUUAUUUUAAAUUAGUUUUUUAUAUUAAAAAAUGCCAUAAUACAAAAUAAAUAAAUUGUUUUUACUAAAAAUCAAGUUUCAUAUUUGA